CUUCCCAGAUGGGCGGAGUUACCCAGUUUUCCUAGAAGUACAUGAUCCAGCCUGCACAGGUACUGCAGGUCGUAAAAUAUCGGGGUCGUCUUGCACGUUGCUUUCUCCAUUGCAAGGGUUAAUUGCUUGUACCGUGAAGAAGAUGUCAACUGGAACAUCGGCCCGGGUGAACAUAGCGGCGAAUCUUGGCGGCAUGACGCUGAAAUCGCUGCUGGAAAAUCCCAGCGUUCUGAAGCCGCCUCCGGAGCCCAACCAGAAUGCGGAAAAAGACCGCAAGCAUUUCGACUGGACCAAGGAUGCAGAUCCAACACUUAUUGCCUCUGCGUUCCUGGGGCCGAACCUCUGGAACAAGACCAUCGCAGUCGACAGCGACGACUUCAAGGAUUUCAAGCUCGAGUACAUGGACUUGGAUGAGUUUCUGGCGGAGAAUGGCAUACCGGUGAGUCACGAGGAUGAUCAUUCGGCCAGUCUGCCCACAACUUCGCAGACUGUGAUGCAGCACAGCCCCCCUCCCACCUACACCACAAUGACAACCAUGCAGCCCGCAAUGGCAUACGGACAGCACCCCACAUCACCCACUUUGGACCUGAACAAGCCUUCCACCAGUGGCGGCCACUACAGACAGCAGCUCUCCCCCACGCCUGGGGUCAGCCCGCCCCCUCACCUCACUGCUGAUGAGGUCAUGCCGAAGGUGGAUGUCAGCUUGGACCCAGGUGACCUUGCUCUUGCAUCCAUUCCAGGAGCCAAAAAUGAUUUUGACCCCCGUAAACGCACCUUUACGGAUGACGAGCUCAAACCACAGCCCAUGAUGAAGAAAUCGAAAAAGGUCUACGUGCCGACGGAUCUGAAGGAUGACAGGUAUUGGCAGCGCCGCCAGAAAAACAACAUGGCGGCAAAGCGCUCACGGGAUGCCCGCCGAGUCAAGGAGAAUCAGAUCGCCAUGAGAGCCAGCUUCUUGGAGAAGGAGAACAACGUCUUGAAGCAGGAGCUGUUGAAAGUCAAGGAGGAAAAUGCUUACCUGAAAAAGAAGCUAACUAAAUAUGAGCCGUAAAUACUGCUUGUUAGCAGGAGGGAGGGGGGCAUUGAGUCUGAGGAAAGGGAUCGUUACUUUGUUUCCUCUGAACUCAACAAGAUCGUCACUAUUUUAGCUACAAAAGGAGAGACAGAAAGUAGUCGUGUUGUCUAUAGCACAAAGAUGUUGAAACAUGGAUUUAACUGUUUUUGUAAUGUUAGGUACUGUCUCAGAUUUCUUGAAUUAUUGAGUUCAAUGUACACAACCCAAGCCUCAUUCCACACUCAUACCUCUUCUUUAGUCGUGUUUGUGGGGACAAUAUUUAUAAUCAAGUGAUUUUCAGUAUCUGGGCUGGAAAGUCAAUUUGGCAGGGUUUUAUCAUACAUUACAAAAUAUGUUAGUGACAAGUACAUUGCAGAUGGACAGAGGUUAUGUGAGGUGACUCACUUGUUACUGAUACAGUGCAAGGUCACCGCAUUUUUUUAAUGCAUCUUGAUUGGUUUAACAACCAAGGUUCCAGAUCUUCAUUGUUAAAAAAAAAAGAACACAGAACAACAGUACUGAUACUUGAUAUGAAGACUUGUCAAUGACAAAAUUGACAGUAACGGCUCCUGCUUAGUGUUAUUGGACCUCCUUGAAUACAGCACACGUGAAUGACAUAAAUCAUUGUGUGGUUGACGUCAAAAAGGACAAAGGGGUCAAGGUCUGCUGUUGUGACAUUUGGCAAACAUGUGAGCACCUGUCUGUUUUUCUCAGUGACAUAUGAACACACAAAAGGCAGCUUACUUACACAUGGGAGGCAAUGAAUCUCUGGAACAUUUGUGAGUCACAGCUGUGAAACAAUCACAGUAUGCUAAAAUAUAUACAGUAUUUCUUUUGCCCAUCUAAAGUUUUUCUUUGGGAAAAAUGGUAUUAUUCAGCUAUAACAAGUGUGUGUGAUUAUAAUGUCUUCUGUGAGGACAAAACAAAUGAAGGACAACCGUCUUAUGCAAGGUUGAAAUGAUCAUAAUUAUACAUGACUGCAUACAAUAAGUCUUUUAACCUUUUAUCUUUAAUUUUUUGUCUUUAAGAUACUCAUGCAUACAUGCAUACAUACAUAGUAUUACAUACAUACAUACAUCAAGUAAACAGAAUUUUAUCUCAAACAAAUUAACCAGUCACAGAUUGGAGAAAUAUUUGUCCCCAUAGUUUAGGAAGACACCACUUUAGCCAUACACUUCACUCAUGGUCAACACCAUUACACAUCAGAUAGUUGAAGUAACAGAUGUGAUGAAAUGUGGUAUUUCCUAGAUUUCUCAAAUGGUUGUGCCUGUCAAAGAGUUCAAGGACAUUACUAUCAGAUAAUUUACUUUAAAUAAGUAUUUGAAUAUGAUACUUUAUUGUGUAUAGACUGUGAUGUAUAGUACCAAGGUCAGUUAAAAACAAUUCAAUCCAUGGAAGAGACAUGUUUAUAAAAGAUUCAUCUCUUUUUUUGGAAUUUGUCAUUUGGACGUUAUGAAAUUAAGCAGAGCUGAAUGUACCAUGAUGGUCUCUUCCAUGGAUUGUUUUCUCAGAUUUGGGCAUAUUGAAUUUCUUGUAAUUUUGUGAAAGUUGCAAGUUGUGAUACUUCACUGUAAUCAGUAAUGACGUAAAGAUGGUUUUAGAUGUGACUCCUUGAGACAAGAUGUGAUCUAGUCAUGGGAUGACACAAUGUCCCUUGUAUUAUAGACUUAUUAUAGACUGCUAUAACAGAUACACAGGACUGAGUCUUGUCUAUAGCCAAAGCGUAGUAUUGAGUAGUGUUAAAUGUUUACAGGAAUGCGGUAAAAAGGGAAACUUACUUAUUGCAGUUUACUUGGUGAUUUGUCUGAAUAGGAACAAUUUACGCCAAUCAACUCAAAGCUUGUGUCUUAAAUACAGCAGCUAAUACCAGUUCAUUUAUAGUGAGAAAACAUUUCACAUUAUAUCUUGUACAAGUUAAGGUUGUCAUGUGGACUAUAUCUAUUGCCUGGUGGUGGUGUGAUUUAAGAUGAAACAGGGUCAAACUAAUUUUGUUUUCUACAUUCCAUACAACAUAUAUUCACUCCAGAUAUCGAUGGAAAUCGUUUCAUGAAAAGUUUCAGACCUGAUCACAUGAAUAUUGAAAUGUCAUUAGAAAAAUAUACAAAAAAGUUUGAUGAUUUUGUGACAGGUUGUAGAUGAUAGUGGUUUAAUUUGUCUUUGAUGGAAUGAAAUUUGUUCACCUUCGUUGGGAUUCCUUUUGAUUCAGGACAAUCUUCUGAAAACUUUUAUUGUAAACUCUGUGUAGAUCUGUUGUCGUGUGGUUAUGCAAUGAAUAGUGUGUACUGCAGUGCAGUUUAAUAAGACUUAGUACAUUCUUAAAAGGAAUACUUGAAGGGAGUACACAACCAAGUUUAAGUUUAAAAUCCCCCUGCCUAUUGCCAUUUGAACUAAUGACCAUGAGGACCAAUGUGAAAAAAAUUGUCUCAAAACAUUUUAUUUUUAGUAAAGAUGUCUAAAUAUAAAUUGAUGCUAUUAGUCAAUAUUAAGUGCCUUCUGGUAGAAAGUUUGCCCAUUUUGCUGUAACUCCUAGAAAUCUGAGGUGCCACACAGUGAAGUUGGAUUAGUUUUGUGGAAAGCUUAAGUAAAGGGUUCAGAUAUUUGGAUGGAGGCCUGCUGUGCCUUUGAAAUAAUACAAAGCAAAAAAAACUUGCAGAAAGAUGAGAGUUAAAGCAGUAACGAAAGACAUCAUAAAAAGCCAUAUUUGUUGGUUCUGGUGAGAGAAAAAAAGAAAGUUCUUUGACAAGUGUCUUCACUGAUGUAGGUAAAUACCAAGCUUUAGUGCUUUUCUGAUCUGGAGUACUGUUAUAAAACCUGUUAACGGAUGGAAGAUGCACUAAUGAGGACAGGAAAUUAUGAAAUGUCAAGGAUUUACAUAAUGGCAACCUCUUUUGAGAUGUAUUUUCCUUCUGUCUGCACGCACAUUGACAAUUAUAGACCUUACAGUGCUGAUAUAUUUUAUUACUGUAGCUUGCCCUACUAGUGCUUAACCUCAGUUAAUGUUGCUAGAGAAGGCUACAUUUUGGUACACUACCUUUAACAAAGUCAAUUUUGCAUCAUAUUGAAAAUCUGUACAUGCAAGUUGUCAACUGCAACUGCCAUUGCAAAUGUUUAUGACAUUUAGUAUUUUUAGUGCUGCCAUUCUUGUAGCCAUUUUUCUUCUUUACACUCUUAACCUUAUUCAACUUGUGUCUAGAAUUGUGAAUCCCAGCUGUUGAGGUUUUACAAAAUGUCUGUUUUGAAGUUGUCCAGAAUUGUACAUUACUAGAGAUCUAUUUGCAUGGUAUUGAAAAAAAUGAAAAUAUCAUGAUGGUGUAUUUUUGUGAAAAGCCAGAGAAGACAGAGUGAUAUUGUAUAUGUGUAAAUUAGUGAGAGCUAAAUCAGAUGUUAUCUUCUGGAAAUCAACUGUUACUCAUAACUGAACACAGAUGAUAUUAAAUGUUUAAUGGUCUUAA